AAAUUGUUACAAAAAUUUAAAAACAGUGCAAAAAACUGCUAAAAAUAAUUAUUUUGGAAAAAUUGUAAAAAGUAUAAACAAGUUAUCCGCUAAAAAAUUAAUUGAUGAAAUUCUCUCAAUAUAUCAAGAGAAGUCACAAAAAAGAAAGAUAACAUCACACCAACGACAAUAAAUAAAACUAAAAAAAUAUAUUAAAUAAUAAACAAACUAAUUGUAGUUGUGCAAAGGAUUUCUGUUCCUUAAACUCAAACAAAACAAAUAAACAAUUUAGUUGCAAUUUUAUUGUGCGACAACAGCAACAAGGACAACCUCAUAUUGCCAAUUAUCUGCUUUGUUGUUGCUGUUGUCAUCUGAAUAUCUGUACAAAAUCACAAUCAUAAAAAAGGAUUCUUCCUUGGAUUCAAUUCUCAUUAACAACAACGACAACAACAGAACACAAUGGCUGUGCCCUUCUAUUUGCCAGAGGGUGGUGCCGAUGACACGGUCUCAUCUGGUGGCAACACCUCCUCGGAUGGCACCAACAGUACCGCCAGUUCAUUGCAAGCUUCGCCAAAUACCACCUCAUCAGCCACACAAACGCCAAUGCAGAGUCCUUUGGUACCGGGAAUGAUGAUGGCACUGUACGAGGCGUUGUAUCGCUAUUCGGUUAACAGUGGUGCUCCAGUUUUCCAAUAUCCCCCACCACCCAGUCCCUCCUGCUCCGUUCACAGUCCCAAUUACACGGGCGGUGAUGUCUUCUUUCCACGCAGUCGCAGCACACCACGUACACCCCGCACAAGUGUCAGCUUUGCUGCCGGUGAUGAGGUGAAUUUUUUCCAUCAAUCCGCACCGACUUGCUCCAGUUCAGCCCAAACAUCACAGGCACCCCAGUCAGCGCCACCAGUCAGUAGUCAUCAGUAUCUGCCACCGCAUCAACAGCAUUAUCCUCAUUAUCCACAUUUUGCCUAUCAUCACAACGGUCCGGGCUAUUAUCAAUAUACACCUCCGCCCACACCCACCACUGCCAAUGCCACGACAUCAACAGCGGCGGCAGGUUUGUCGGUGAGCUCAGGACCCAAUGGUGCCCACAGAAGUCUACAUCGAAGCCUAUCAGAUACAGCCAGACGAUCACGUUUGACCUCGACGGGUGAAGAUGAACGUGAAUAUCAGAGUGAACAUGAAACGAGUUGGGAUGAGUUCGAUGAUCGUUAUGACAACUUUACAGCCGGGCGAGAGCGCCUGCAGGAGUUCAAUGGCAGAAUACCGCCACGUAAGAAGAAAAAGGAUGUGCCAAAACCGAAACCGGAAAAGAAGGAACAAAGCUUUACAUGGCCCGCUGUUGUAACUGUCUUUGUGUUUGCCAUGGGUUGUGGUUUUCUUGUGGCCCGAUGAGUUUUGGCUUAUGAAUAGAAAAAAGGCCAAGCUAAAUAAAAGUGGGAACAAUUCAUUAUACAAAAACACAACAACAACAACAAAACUGCACAGCAACAACAACAACGAAUUUAUUUUUCUUAGCAAAAAAAUAAACAAAACAAAAUACAAAAGUUAAAACAACUCGUCUAGUUCAUUGUUUGUGAGUCAAAAUACCAUAUGGUGAAGGAGAAGCAGGAGGAGAAUGAAGAGGAGUAACAUCCGUGGAAGCAGGCGGAAAACAGAAGCUGACGGUGGGUGCAACGAAGCACAAAUUGAGGUAGUUUAUAGUCCUCUGGAACUCAGAGGACACACUAAACCCACACAUAUAUACAAACACACACAAACAUAAACUCCCCCCAAAGGGCAGGGAAAGGGGGUUUGUCCUUUUUUUGUCCCAAAACAGAAACAAGGCAAAACAUUUCUCAAAGAAAAGUCACAUUAAACAAACCAUAAAAAAACAAAACAAUUUAGACUGGCAGCAAACAAAACAAGACAAUUUAAAAAAUAACAACAAAACAAAAAAAAUAUUUUUUAUACAAAUCAAAAAUAUACACAAAUAGAACUGAGAUUUUUGGAAAAAACUUUACAAAAAUACAAAUAUUUUAAGAGAAUCGCAUUUUUUUGAAGAAUUUUUCUGCUAAUAUUAUAACAAAAAUAGAAAUAUAUUUUUGGCUACAUAUUUACAGACAAAAAAUCAAGCUUCUAUAUAAAAUUUAAUUUGCUGUUACAAAGAAAUCGUAAAAAAAUACACAGAAAAAUAUUUGUCUAAGCCUAUCUUAAUACUUAAACUUUUUUAUACAUAGAUAUAUGCUUACCAUACAUACACAUACAUACUAAAUACAAUCUACUGCCUUUUUAUCUACAGUAUUUUUCUUAUUUUAAAACAAAAUAAUCCAUUUCGAUGUCUGCAAAAGUAUUGAAAAACAACA